CAUGUCUGGCAUCGAGUCGACUGAGGAGCCUUGCGACAGCAUGACAGAGUCGCAGAGUCUGUCGCCUUUGGAGCCCGAAGAGCGGCAGACUCGCAAGGAUUCUGGCUUGCAAUCGCAAAGCCUUACCAAACGACACUUCGCCUUCUCGCCUCACCGACUAAUCACAUCGAUAUCGCGACAUACGUCGCCUCACAAGCCACGACCGAAAUCCGAAUCAAGGGUGCCCGUGCCGAAACUGCAUUCUCUACCGCCACAACGCCUGGCUAGCCCUGAGAGAGAUAAGCCUUCCAUAGAAGGCAUAUCCAAAUCGUUUGUGAGUUUCCUCACUGCAGCCAGCGUCUACGCUGGGUUCCAGGACUUAGAAGGAGAAGACCAACAGGUAUCGCCCGAUGACGUUUCCGCGGGCGAGUCAGAGGACCAGCAAGCUGACGAAUCGUCCGAUGAACAGGAGGACGACGAUCAGGAUGACCGUACAUUUUACGCCACAGACCCUUCGCCCACCGAGCUGACCAUUAAUGAGAAUACGCCAUUGCCAGAGCCAGAGCCACCGCGUCGGACCCUCCGCAAAGCCAGAUCGCGGUUCGAGUUCUCUGUGGUGAAGAGGCUCUCUGAGAACGAAAAUGACCAGCUGGCGCAGAAAAGAGCGAUCGCGCUCUCGAACAAGCUGAAGAGAACAUUUGACAUUUCCGAUACAGACGUCUUCAUCAGUGAUUAUCCGUGCUGGUUGAUGGGAGACGUUCUGUUGCAGGGCCAUCUCUAUAUCACCAAGCACCACAUCUUGUUCUUUGCAUUUUUACCCAAGAAACAGGGCUCCAUUUCGAAAUCGGGCGCGCUGACCACGAAAUCGUAUCCGUCUCUUCGAGAGCACCGCAAAUGGGCUGUCCUACGCAACAACACCUUCAGCGUGUAUUCAAAUUCGACAGAUCUGUAUUUUCCGCUACUGGUGAUCGAUCUCCGAACUGCUUUGCGCGCAGAAAUUCUGCAAAGCAGUAGCACGAAGCAGAAUCCAAGUAAACCGGUAUGGAUUCGGAUCAUAACAGAGUCAAGAACGCACUGGUUUCUUGCUGACAAUUUGGCUUCAGCUAGAUCCUGGGUCUCGAGUCUCAAGAAGCACAUAUUCGCCUCAAGGAACAAAGGCGACCAGGUGGCGAUCAAGAUCCCUCUGCAGAACGUGGUUGACCUGGAGCUGACCUCUGUCAUCGGGGUGACCAAGAAUUUGAGGAUCAAGGUCAUUGAGAGUGCAGAUACGUUUGCCAUAGAUGACUACUUUCUGAUGUUCUUUUCAAGAGGAGAAAAGGCCGUGGAGGAUAUCAAGAAAGUGAUUCACGAUGCGGGUAUGGAGAUCUCAGAGGGAACGAGCACGGAAAGCGAGGACGAGCAGGGUGUGGACAACAACCUUCUGAAAUCCAAGAUCGAGCUACUGAAAAAGUCUCCGUCAAUGGUGCAGACCUCCAGUAAGUCGAAUGUCCCCGUUAUCCGAAUGGACGAGCCUGCGGACGAUUUCAGCCAAGAGCAAGAAUCUGCAGAAAGCUCCAAACCUGUAUCGGACGAUGAGAUUGUGUCGGCAGACGAUAACCAAGAGUUGGAGGAGAAGCAACCACAGGACAAUCUGGCAAACGCUGAAAAAGAAAGUCAUGACAAAGUUUCAAGAGCUAACAGUCGUCGUACGUGGUCGACAAGGUCAUUAGUGCAAGGCCUAACAGCUAUCACUCAGGGAUGGAUGUCGCCCUCUCCCAUGGCUCAUUUCGAUGAGAAAUACGCAGUUUUGCGAGGAGAGGAGGAUUCAUACUUUGUCAAGGAUGCAGAGCAGCGUAAAGCAGCUACAGAGCGGUUCAGAAAACAUUUCUCUCUCACGGAUGGUGAAAAGCUUAUUGCCACAUACCAUGCAUAUCUGGUCAAGGGGAUUCCUGCAUACGGUAAGAUAUAUCUUGGGUCCAAUGAGAUGUGUUUCCGUUCGACGUUGCCCGGAACAGGAACAAUAAUGAUCCUCCCUUUUUCGGAUAUCGAAAACGUGAAUAAGGAGAAAGGUUUUCGAUUUGGAUACUCUGGGCUGGUUGUCGUCAUUCACGGACAUGAGGAACUGUUUUUCGAGUUUGCCAGCGACCAAGCGCGGGACGAUUGUGAGUUCAUGCUUCUGAAGCAAAUGGAUAUGUUCAAGAAAGGAAGCACCGAUAGCAGUCCUCCGAAUGCGAGCGAAGGUUCGAGCGAUGAGAGUUGCAAUUUAGCAGAGUCCAAUACAAGUUUAGCAUCUGCCAGAUUGAGGAUGUUCGAAAAUCGAAUCCAUGAUGCAAUUGGCCUGGACGUGCCGAUCAUCAUAGAAGAGCAUCCAUUGACCAAAACCAAAGUUAGGCCGUUGAAAUCUUACAGAUUCACGCUGUUGACGAUUGGAUCCAGAGGAGACGUUCAGCCUUAUAUUGCAUUGGGAAAGGCCUUGAUGAAAGAGGGCCACCAGGUUCGUAUUGUCACGCAUGCCGAGUUCGAGCCUUGGAUCAAGAAACAUGGUAUUAGGUUUGCAUCGAUAGCGGGAGAUCCAUCAGAACUCAUGGCAUUGAUGGUCACCCAUCCAACCAUAAAUUACAACUUUAUAAAGGAGGCCAAGUCAAAGUUCCGGAGCUGGAUCGAUGACCUGUUGGUCACAUCAUGGAAAGCCUGUCAGGACACAGAUAUUCUGAUCGAGUCUCCGUCGUCAAUAUGUGGUAUUCACAUUGCUGAGAAGCUGCAAAUUCCUUACUUCCGUGCUUUUACCAUGCCGUGGACACGUACGAGAGCGUAUCCUCACGCCUUCAUGGUUCCCGAUCAGAAACUGGGCGGCGCAUACAACUAUAUGACCCAUGUGGCUUUCGAAAAUGGAUACUGGCGAGGAACCGCUCAUCAGGUGAAUAAAUGGCGUGUUGAAACGUUAAGGCUGCCUAAAACGUCUCUAGCAGAGAUGAAACAGAAUAACGUUCCUUUCCUUUAUAACGUUUCGCCAACCGUCUUUCCUCCUUCUGUGGAUUUUGCUGAGUGGGUCAAAGUUACCGGUUACUGGUUUUUGGAUGAAAGCGAGACGUACCAGCCACCCGAGGUUCUGACUAAGUUCAUCGAGCAGGCGAGAAAAGACGGGAAAAAGGUGGUUUACAUUGGAUUUGGGUCCAUCGUCGUUUCCAAGCCUUCAGAACUCACCCAAGCGGUUGUGGACGCUGUUCUUGAGGCCGAUGUCAGGUGCAUUCUGAAUAAAGGGUGGUCAGAUCGUCUGGGAACGAAGACCGAAAUUGAGGUGGUGCUUCCACCUGAAAUAUAUAAUGCUGGAAGCGUGCCCCAUGAUUGGCUAUUUCCUCAGAUCGAUGCUGCUGUUCAUCACGGAGGCUCUGGAACGACAGGAGCUUCGUUGCGGUUCGGGGUGCCGACAAUCAUCAAGCCGUUUUUUGGAGACCAGAAGUUUUAUGCAGGAAGAGUCGAAGACCUUGGAUGUGGUGUUAGUCUGAAAGAUUUGAACUAUAAGAGUCUGGCGAGGGCUCUCAAGGAGGUGACCACCAACACAAGGAUUAUCGAAAAGGCUAAACUUGUGGGAGCGAGAAUCCGGUCCGAAACAGGCGUUCAAACUGCCAUUGAAACAAUUUACAACGAAAUGGAGUACGCUCGGAGUUUAUCAAUCAGCAAGGUGAAACCAGUUUCUGUUGUAAAGAGCGACGAGGAGUUUGAUGACGAUAAAGACGAGGAAGUUGAAGGCUCGUGGUUACUGGUUUGAAAUACUUGUCAAUUAAUAAUAUCCUUUGUUAUACACUCUAUCACCAAUUUGCAACGUCCUCAGCCUCACCGAAAACGCUUUCCUUGUGUUCUGUGUCGUCGUCCUGCCAAUCUGGAUUAUUGCCCUCGUGGUCCAUAAUCUCCUUGAUAUGGGCUUUUUCGAAAUUUAAUAUCAAGUCAUUGAUUUCCUUGAAUUCUAGCAGGAACGCAUCAUGUCCUUCUGGAGAGUUGAUUUUCUUGAGCGUUGAGUUUGGCAUGUUUUUGGCAAUGAAGAUCUGCUCACUGAGCGUGAACAGCGCGUCCGAGUCGAUUCCAAUAAUCAGGGACGGCUGCUUCAGGCUCUGCAGUGCUUUUGCGGCGUCAUUGUCGAAUUCUGGGCGGUCGCGGCCGACGUCGUGCGUGUCGAGCUUCCUCGUGAUGGAUAUGUAGCAGUUGGCGUCAAAUCGAUGGUGGAACUUUUGUGCUUGGUACCUGAGAUAGCUCUGUGCUGAGAAGUAGUGUUGCGGUCUGCGUUUUGGUCUGGUUCUAGCCGAUGUGGCAGAGCUUAGGCUUUCUGUGUCUGCCGAGGAAACUGAUGAGUCCAUUGAGUUUGAGCGACUAGCGUGUCUCGACUCAAACGAUCUCCUGUGCACAGAGGCACCGUGGUUGUGGAUUUGCCAAUGCUCUUCCUUUGCCGAAGGAGAGUCCUCGAUCGCAUUAGCCUCGUCGGGGCCCGGAGUGCUCUGUUGGCUCUUAUUCUUCUGCUGUUCUGUUGGCUGUCCACGACCAAAUCUGCUCUCAAACGAAUUUCGCGACCUGUAUGUGAGUAAAGCUGCCAUCCGCGCAGCUCCAAGCCCAUUCACAGGAGGGUCUUCCAGACUAUAGUAGCCGUCGUCGUAUUUGGGGUCGGAAUAUAUGCACUGUCUCUGGGCCUCUCCCCACGAGAUGCACCAUGCCGAGUGUCUCGCACUGGUUGCCAGCGCAACAAGGUUUUUCACAAACCGUCCUUCGUCAACAAAACACCAUUCCAGAGCGAGCAUGCCUCCCAUGGAUCCACCCACACACAUCGCUAUCUGUUUCACUCCCAGAGAGUCCAGAACCAGCUUAUGAAUACGCACAUCAUCACGCACCGUGCAGAUCGGAAAUUCCGGGCCGUACAGCUGGUUAUACUCGGGAUCCAUAGUCACAGGCGAGGCAGAUCCAUACGGAGACCCUAGCGAGUUCAGGCAGAUGAUGAAAUACUUGGUAGGGUCGAACGCACGGUCGCGUCCUAUCAAUGGUCCCCACCAGUCCUUUACAUCCGCAGAGCCGGUCAGGGCGUGUGCUAUAAGCAUGCAGUUGUCUCCUUUGUCGUUGAGCUUUCCCCAUGUCUUGUACGCCACCGGCACUUUGUACAGCACGUCACCCGAUUCGAGCUCGAACUCUGGGAUCUCUACAAUUGUCUGGCCACUCACGAGCUUCGAAAAUGGGUUUUCGGGCUGUUCUUUGACGAUCUUGUACCCCA